AUGGCCCCCUCAAAAUCCUUCCCCCCAGGCCUGCAAUACCUCCCCCCGACCAGCGCCCUCGAGGACAUCCUAACCCUGCUCAAACGCGACGGCGCCGUCGUCGUCCGCUCCCUCGUGUCCGAAUCUGAUCUUGACGACGCCUACACAGAAAUAAAGCCCGCCCUCGAAGCCGACGCAGAAUGGGACGGCGAGUUCUUCCCGAAGGAAACCAAACGCGCCAACGGCCUCAUCGGGAUCAGCCCAACCUACGUGCGCUCGCAGCUCAUGCACCCGCUGUUCCAGGCCAUCGCCAACCACUUCCUGACGACGCGGAGCACGUACUGGUGGGGGGAUAAGAGGAAGGAGUCCGUGAGUCUGCCGUAUGUGACGUCCACGGUCGCGAUCCAGGUUGGGCCGGGUGCGACGGCGCAGCCGCUGCACUGCGACAGUUACAUCGGGCACCGGGUUGUGGAUGCGAUUGAUGCGUGGGAUGACGAGCGGGAUUUGAGGAGCCGCGAGACGAGCGUGGGGAUGUUUGUUGCGGGGUGUGAUGUGUGUAAGGAGAAUGGGGGGACGCAGGUUAUAUUGGGGAGUCAUCUUUGGUCGUCCUGCCCCGACACGCCUCCCCCGCAGGAAUCCAUCAUCGUGCCGACCCUGCGCAAGGGCGACGCGUUCUUCAUGCUCACGUCGCUGAUGCACGGCGGCGGGAACAAUACGACCACCGACCAGCAGCGGCUUGUGUGGUGCUCGUUCGCGACGCGCGGGUUCCUGCGGCAGGAGGAGAACAUGUUCCUUGCGGUGCCGCAGGAGGCCGUCAAGCAGUAUGAUCGCGCGGCGCAGCGGUUUACGGGGUACUAUGUUAGUGAGCCGGCUUGUGGGGUUGUUGAGCAGCGGGAUCCGAUCUAUGUGCUUUAUCCGGAGGAGGUGGGGAGUCAUGGGGGUUUCUAG